AAUACAAACUCAUUUCCCAAUAUAAGUCAAAGACUCAAAGCAAUGAAGGAAGAUCUAAAGCGCAUCAAUGGGUUGUACGUUACAUUGUUACUAACGCUCUAUGUGUGCGCUGUCAUUGUACAACUCGAAGCAGCGUCGGAAACAAAGACAUGUUUCCAAAAGAAGAGCCCAUGCUUCCUUAAGAAGCAGACUUGCCCAAACCAGUGCCCUUCGUUUUCCCCUCCCAACGGUAGCUCCAAGGCAUGCGUCGUAGAAUGUUUUAACCCUAUAUGCAAAGCCACAUGCCGAAAUAGAAAGCCUAACUGCAACGGCAGAGGAUCAGCAUGCUUAGACCCACGAUUCAUAGGUGGCGACGGCAUCGUCUUCUACUUUCACGGCAAACGCAAUGAGCAUUUCGCACUCGUCUCUGACACUGACCUCCAAGUCAACGCACGCUUCAUUGGUCUUAGACCCUCUGGCCGGAGAAGAGACUUCACCUGGAUCCAAUCUCUGGGUCUGAUCUUCGGUCCCAACAACAAAACCUUUACACUCGAGGCCCAAAAGGCUGCGAAGUGGGAUCACCAAGUGGACCAUCUCCGUCUCUCCUUUCUGGGAAAAGAGAUUUCAUUACCAAAAGGGGAUUCGUCUAUCUGGACUCCUCCGGGAAGCUAUAUUAAGAUAGAGAGAACUUCAGACAUGAACUCCGUGUUGGUCACUUUACCAGACAUUGCCGAGAUUUGGGUCAACGUUGUUCCAGUUACAAAGGAAGAUGACACGAUACAUAAAUACGGGAGACCUGAAAAUGACUGUUUUGCCCAUCUCGAAGUUCAGUUCCGGUUCUUGAGGUUGUCCCCGAACGUGGAGGGCGUUUUGGGAAGAACAUACAGAGAUGAUUUCCAGAAUCCCGCGAAACCAGGGGUGGCCAUGCCGGUCGUCGGUGGGGAAGAUAAAUACAGAACUUCUUCGCUUCUUGAAACAGGUUGUAAUGCUUGUGUUUACUCCCGUGGCUCUAGAAGUUCCGACAAGAUCGAGCCGUUGUCGCUGAAUCAAAACACUGUUGAUUGCACUGGGGGAUCGAGCAGUGGUAUUGGAAUCUUCUGCAGAAAAUAAAUACUAUUUUUGAUAUUUUGUUUGAAAAAUUAAUCGAAGCGUCAUGUCGGUGGUGUUUAUCAUAGUUUUUUUUUGUUGGUCAAAUGUUGAAUUAGCUAUGAA